AUGAUUGGUGAAGAGCCAUACACUCUUGGACUUUUUGAUACUGUAGGGCAAGAGGAUUAUGACAGACUAUGUCCGCUAAGUUUUCCACAGACAGAUGUUUUUCUAGAAUGUUUCUACGUGGUCUCUCCGGAUGGAGAAUUUGAAAAUGUGAAAGAAAACUGGAUGCCUAAGAUAACUCACCACUGUUCAAAGACUCCUUUCUUGCUUGUUGGGACCCAAAUUGAUCUCAGAGAUGACCCCUCUCCUAUUGAGAAAUUUGCCAAGAAUGAACAGAAGCCUAUUACUCCAGAGACUGCUGAAAAGGUGGCGCGGGAUCUGAAGGCUGUCAAGUAUGUGGAGCGCUCCACCCUCACGAAGAAAGGCCUAAAGAAUGUGUUUGAUGAAGCAAUAUUGGCUGCCCUGGAGCCUCCAGAACCAAAGAAGAGCAGCAGGUGUGUGCUGCUAUGA